AUGACGACGCUGGAAAAGAUCGGGAUCCAAGGGAUACGGAGCUACUGCGACGAGGAGGCGCAGGAGCUGGAGUUCGCCUCGCCCAUCACAGUGAUCUAUGGAAAUAAUGGGAGCGGAAAGUCGACGAUCAUCGAGUGUCUGAAGAUGAGUUGCACGGGGGACUUUCCCCCCAAUGCCGAUAAGGGAAAGUCAUUCAUACACGACCCAUUAAUAUCAAACAAAAUGAACAUCAGGGGAAAAAUAAAUCUGAUGUUAAAAAAUUACAACAACAAAAGGAUUGGCAUCUCCAGAUCAUUUAGUCUAUUUUAUUGUAAAGACAAAAAUAAAAAAAUAAAACAGACCUUUAGAGCGCUGGACAACAAUAUAAUCAUAAAAAAAGAAAAAGGACAAGAUGAUGUAAUCAUUACGAACAAGUGUCUAGACAUAAAUGAUCACAUUCCCAAAUUAAUGGGGGUGUCAAAGGCGCUGCUGGAAAAUGUCAUUUUAUGUCACCAUGAGGAGAGUCUUUGGCCAUUUAGCGAGUCAUUAAAAAUAAAAAAAAAAUUCGAUGAGCUUUUUGGCGAUGAGCAUUUCUCAAAAAUCUUGGAUGAAUUCACAAAAUGUAGAAAGACAAUGAAUGAUGUGCUCAAAAGGAAAGAAUAUGAGUUAGCCACAUUGAGAGAGUGCUAUGAUAAAAAAAAAAACAUCGCUUUGGACAUCCAAAGGAACGAAGAAGAGAUAGAAGAGUGUCAAACGAUUAUGAGAUUGGACAAGGAAGAAGUAGAAGAAAGUUUUCUCAUUUUAAAUAAGUUAGAAAAAAAAAAAUCCCUCUUGGGAAAAGUAACUUCCAGCAUUGACAUGUAUUUUGCUAUCCAGGAGAAAUUUCAAGAUGACCUUCAAAAUUAUAAAACGGUGAAGGAGAUAUAUGAGGAGGAUGCCUCCGAGUUAGAACAUUUUGCUGAACUCUUCCAGAGGGACUUGGCCAAGUGUAACUCUCUAAUUGAACAAGUCAGUAAUGAGUUCGCUCUGCUGGAGAAGCAGACCUGUUUGCCUGUCCAUUCCUGUGACGAAGCGGACGUCAAAGAACGAGAUGGAAUCUGCUCCAGUUUAUUUCAUUUGGAGAAACGGCGGGGGGAGGCAGACACUUUGAUCAAAGCCACUUUGGAUCUGGAUAACUCGUCCACCGCGAAUGGGGUGAAGAGGAGACAUGUAGGGAAGAACCUCUCUGAGGAGCGUACCAGGAUGGCUGGCUUUAUCAAGGCGAAUGAGCCCAUUUGGGGGGGCUUGCUGGUUCAGUGGAGGGCCCUCUUUGGGGAAAAGGGCCCCAGAUGGGUGUUCCGCCGGGGGAGGGCGGCCACCAGUGUUGGACGUGGGGGGGUGAGUAGCGAAGAUGGGAUAAACCUCCGUGGGAGUAGCGAUGAUGAGUGUAGCAAAAACGGACGUUGCGAUGAUGGGGGUAGAGACGACGGACGUAGCCACGGUGAGGGCACCCCUGAUGAACCCACCCCCGCUGUGGACUCUACCAAUGGAACCAUCACCAGAGGAAAUCUCCCCUGCGUAAAGCACAUGCGCAGGAGAUGCGCGCAAACACUGGCACUGCUCAGAGCCGAGGUGCGGAAACACGCCCGGGAGCGACUCCAUAUUAGGAGGAAAAAAAAGAUACUCACGGAAAAGGCGAAGAAGUGGAGAAGGAGGGUAUCCAAAAUGGACAAAAGAAUUGCCACCAUGGAGAUGCACAAAGAUUAUUUGACCAAUUUCAAAUCGAGCGACGAGUCGUAUAAGCAAAAUUGCAACCAUUUGGACAAAAUGAAUCAGCUGGGAUGCGUGUACGACAGCAUCGGCUUGAGCGAGGCGAACUGCGGGGAGAAGCCCAGUUAUAUGAAUGAUGACACUGAGAGGAAGAAAGAGGAGCUCAAACAAAUAGAACAAUUGAACAGACAACUAGAGCAAGUCUUGCUCCUUGGAAAAUACUAUGAAAAAACCUUUGAAUAUUUUUUGCGCCUCCGGAGGGUGCAUCGCAAGGUGGCAUCCUUCUUCGAUGAGCUGCGAGCCCUUCUUUGCGAACUGAGGAAGCUACCCAAGGUGUGUCGCUCCAUAGGGAAGCCUAGCAGAGAUUGGGCGGAAGAAGCGGGUUUGGUAAAGGGAGUAGACUAUGGGCAGGAAUGCUCUACGGGGGAAGAGGAGGAGAAAGAAGAAGUCGAGGGGCGAGCCGAGCGGGGAGGCCAGGACGAAGACGAAAAGAAAGACUCCAAUGAAGAGGAGCACGGAGAAGCAAGUGCCGCCUCCGGAGAGAUACACACAAAACCAGCAGGAACAAAGAACUUGACCAAAAUUGUCAAAGUGGAAAAUUUCACACCGUUAGGGAGUCCCUCCCAAGCAGAUUCGAGCAAGUAUCCCGACAGGGAGCAGCCCCAUGGAGAGGCCUUCACUGGAGGGGCCUUCACUGGAGGGGCCUUCACUGGAGAGACCUCCACUGGAGAAGCUUGCAGUAAAAGGAACAAACGGAUGAACCAUCCCGGCGAAGAGAUCAAUAAUCAACCGAAACGGAAGAAUGUAUUAAAGAUGGAACCUCCCCCUGGACAAAGCUACUUGACCAAAUUAAAAGGUGUGAUCAGCCAGUAUAUAAAUAAGUACGACAAGAAAAUAAAAGAGGUGGAAAAAGAAACCUACAAAUUGAAGAAAACAUUGGUCUUAACAUCCGAAGCAUUACGCGAUGUGAGCAAGCGGGUAGGACGUUACCCAGAUGUGCUAGCUCAAUUCUUGGAGAUGAUCGAAAAGAAGAAUUUUAAAAGCGUAAAAGAUUUUUUUGUCCAUUUUGGUCAAGUCAGGAAGGACAUGAGGAAAAUCAAAAUGGAGAUGGUCGCUUUAAAAACUAAGGAAGAAUCGCUGAUUCGUUUUAUGCAACAUGCCGAAGGGGAGAAGGCAUGUCUGAUGUGCAAAGGACCCAUUGCUGAUGUUGCUCUGGAUGGAUUCACCUCGCUAGAGAUGGAUAAAGAAAGGAAAGACAUAGCCCUAGAGAUAGAAGAGAAGGAAAGAGGGCUCACCAAAUUUAGAGGCCAAAAAAAAGAAUUGAUGAUUCUUUUAGGGUUUUACUAUAAGGAGGUUUAUCCCCUACAUAGGGACAGUGCCUCCUUGAGUGAAAUUAUUGACUCACUUAAGAAGCGAUUGCUGGAUCUACAAAAUGGGGUAGAAAGCUGCUCCGAGAGGAUACAUAAAAUGAAUGGAAAGUACCAAUUGAUGAAGAUUUUGCAAGAGAGGUGCGCCCAUCUGAUGGAGAGCGAAAUGGAUAUCUUUUGCGAGAAGGAGAAGCUGGACGGGAAACAGUCCGAUGUAAGGGAUGCGCUUAGUGGGCUAAGACAGAUGCUCAGCGGGGGGAAGCAUCUUAGGGAAGCCCUCCAUUCCAUGCUAGAGUUCCUCGAAGUGGGAGAAAGAUCCAAUGGAGGAGAGGCAUCCGAUGGGGGGUCCUCACAAAAGAAUCUGCGUCAUCUUCUUCGUGAGUUUCUCCCGAACGUUACCCUCCUGUGUGAGUGUCCAGAUGUCCACUUCAUGAUGGAGAAAAUCAGUGCAUACAUGGAAGACAGCUGCGUCCUAUUUCCUCGAGAAGACCUAUCCUGCGAUCUCGGGGCGACAUUUCCAGAUAGGGUGGAGAGUAAGAUGCACCAAGUUGUGAUAGGAGAAAUAAAGAAAGACAAAGUGGGGAAAAAGUACACCGGGCAAAACUACACGGGGAACACCAAGUCGGGGGAGGAGCCAAGAAAGGAACCACACAAUAUAGCUGACCACUGCACUGAAUAUGUGGAAACCAAGAUGAGGAGUUUCUGUCCACAAAAAAAAGACAGCUCUGUUAAUUACACAAAACGUAGGGAAGAGAAAACGCCCCUCUUGAGUAACACCCCCGUGUAUGAAUCUUCCAAGUGCCAAGUGGACGAACCGAACGAGAUGGGCACCCUCGAAUCAAUAGCCAUAAAUAAUGACAAGUUCAUAAGGGCAUACGAGAAACUUCAGAUGUACGUCACUCUGGAGGCACUGAAGAAGGAGCAAGAAAUAGACGUUUCCGUUCGAAUUAAAUCAGUCAUUCGUGAGAGGAAGGAAAUGAUUAGGAGAAAGACAGAAGAAGCACAGCGCAUCGUAGAAAGGGAAAAACAAAUUAGGGAGUCCCUCCACAAAGCGCAGGAGUACAUCGAGAAGCAUCAGCGUAGGAAGAAUCAUUUGUACGGAAAAGAAGAAGCAAUGGUGACAAGAAUAAAAGAGUUGCACCUGCGAGAUAAGCACAUCAGGAGGAACAUUCGAAGGUGCAGAAACGACGUGGUACUCCAAAAUAAAUUGUAUUACGUCAAAGUGGAGAUGGUGAAGCUGCUACACAGACUCGUGGCCAACAUCGAAAUGGACAUGGAAAAAAAGAAAAAGGAACUGAAGAAAGUGGAGGAAAAGAUACACAGUAACGAAAUUAUACAAAAUGAAUCAAACGAGCUUGCAAAAAAAUUGAGUCAAAAGAAGGAGCAAAUUCUGUCUUUACAGGAAGAAAAAAUCAACAUUGAAAAAAUGCACCACAAUGUUGUUAUCAAUACUAAUUUGAAGAGAAUGCACGAAAGGUUUUUACUCCACCAAAGGAAUUUUAUUUCCUCCCUGGACAAUUUUAGAAGCUCGUUCUUCUCGCCCGAACAGAAGGGGGAACACCUGGAUACAGUGAACUCCAUGAUUGAUUUGCUGGAGGAAGUGUACCAAACGGAUUGCGAUAUUUACAAAUUUGUGAAUGAAAGCUUUUCCUUCUUGGAGCACAAAAGGGAGUUACUCGAUUUGGUCUACGUCGAGGAUGAGUCCCUGAGGGACCAAAUAGAAGUUCACUCCAAAGCGACGACCAGUCUGAAAAUGAAAGAAGCCGAAAUGAAGGGGAAAAUCGAGUUGAGGAAAGAAUACAUAGAUAAGCUAACCACCGAAAUGAACUCCGACACCUAUGUUGACAUUGAAAAAAAAUAUAAAAAAAAAAUUAUCGAAAUUUUUGUAUACAAAAAUGUGAUCAAAGAUAUCUGCAAUUUUUACAACUCCUUCGAUCAAGCAAUCAUUAAAUUCCAUUCUCUGAAGAUGCAAGAGAUUAAUUUGUCCAUUAGGAAUUUAUGGAGGAGGGUUUACAACAGUGCCGACAUUGACUAUAUAUACAUAAAAUCAGAAGUAGAGAUGGAGAAUAAUGGGAAAGUUCAACAGAGAAGGUCAUAUAAUUAUCGCGUCGUCAUGGUCAAAGAUAACUGCGAAUUGGAUAUGAAAGGAAGAUGCUCAUCUGGACAGAAAGUCCUAUCCUCCAUCAUCAUUCGACUCGCUUUAGCCGAAUCCUUUUCCAUCAAAUGUGGAAUUUUAGCUCUAGACGAACCGACGACAAAUUUGGAUAAGUCUAAUUCUAAAAAUCUGGCUAGCCUCAUUGCCAAUAUUGUCGACCUAAGAAAGGACAGCUCCGCUUUCCAGCUUAUUCUCAUCACGCACGACACGCACUUCGUGGAUGUGCUUUCGCAGUACGGGCUGACAAACUGCUUCUACAGGGUUAGGAAGAACAGCCUGGGAUACUCGACAAUAGUGAGGGUGCGCCAGUAG